UUGUCAGGAAGAAAGAGCUGCUGUGUUGAGGCCGAAAACUCAGACACACAAGCAGGACCUGGAAGAUACUGGACUUACCCCCGUGGAAGGGAUAUAUCUACUCCACCGGACAGUAGGAAGUGGUUUUCACUAACCAGCGGAGCUCCGACCGAGUCCCCGGGCUUCUGCUACGGAGGCCGCCGCGGGUCCGCUGCUCCCCGCCGCCUGUGUGUCUCUGCCUGCUGGUCACAGUAAGCCAGACCCUGGUAAUGAGAUUGAAAGGAGACAAAACAGACACCACAAAACCUGUGUGAGAUUUGAGUGUGAGGAAGGCGAUAGGCUCAGCUGUUGCUGCCGGUAGCCAUGGCUAACAGCUGAGGCUGCAAGCCCGGGUAAACAUCCCGCUACAGACCCAACUACAGGAACAAGUCAGCGGCGGAACACUGUCUUAUUUUGCGCAAGAACUGUCACCUGCACUCGCGUUCUGAAGAAGCGAUUUAUUCCUGGGGAUUUAUUUGGUUUAGGACAUCUAAAAGCCUCUGCAUCAGUGCCAUGAAUCAGCCUGGACAACAGCUGCUCCCAACAUAGAGGUCACUUCGCCUCUCUUUCCAUUUGCUUUGGUCCAGAGGAUGCUGGGAAUGUGUCGUGGGCGCAGGAAGUUCCUGGCGGCCUCUCUUGCCCUGCUCUUCAUCCCAGCACUCACCUGGCUUUACCUGUCAGUCGGGAGCUUUCAAGUGAAGCCCCUCCCCCUGUCUCCAUUGGAAGCCCAAUCCUCGACGACGGUGGGCGGAGCCGGCGAGCGGCAGGCCUUAGAGCUGCGUGUCCGGGCCGUGGAGGAAGAGAACCGGGCGCUGCGCCGGGAGCUCAGCCGGCCGCCCAGGAGCCCGUCGGCACGCCUCCAAAACGCUGGCCCCCGUGGCAACCAGAGCCGAACCCAUUCAGAAGAGGGCACCGGCGACAAUGAGGGCCAGAAAGCUGGUGCAGCGGGUAACAACUCGGACUGUGUGCAGCAGCCAGUGGUGGAUAAGUGCGAGACGAUACACGUGGCCAUCGUAUGUGCCGGUUACAACGCCAGUCGAGAUGUGGUGACGCUGGUUAAAUCCGUCCUCUUCCACAGGCGGAACCCGCUUCAUUUCCACUUCAUCACAGACUCCAUAGCUCAGCAGAUCCUGUCCUCUCUGUUCCACACCUGGAUGGUCCCUGCCGUUAGAGUCGACUUCUACGAUGCAGAUGAGCUGAAGUCUGAGGUGUCGUGGAUCCCCAACAAGCAUUACUCUGGGAUCUACGGCCUGAUGAAGCUGGUGCUCACUAAGACGCUGCCGUCCGACCUGCAGAGAGUCAUCGUCCUGGACACGGACAUCACAUUCGCAACCGACAUCGCUGAGCUCUGGGCUGUCUUUCACAAGUUCAAAGGUCAGCAGGUUCUUGGUCUGGUGGAGAAUCAGAGCGACUGGUAUCUGGGGAACCUCUGGAAGAACCAUCGGCCGUGGCCGGCUCUGGGCAGGGGCUUCAACACCGGGGUGAUUUUGCUUCUGCUGGAUCGUCUGAGGAAGCUGAGAUGGGAGCAGAUGUGGAGGCUGACUGCAGAGAGAGAACUAAUGAGCAUGCUGUCCACCUCCCUGGCAGACCAGGACAUCUUCAACGCUGUGAUCAAACAGAACCCGUUCCUGGUGCACCAGCUGCCCUGCUUCUGGAAUGUCCAGCUGUCCGACCACACCCGCUCUGAGAAGUGCUACAAAGACGUGUCGGACCUCAAGGUGAUCCACUGGAACUCCCCCAAAAAGCUGCGAGUGAAGAACAAGCACGUGGAGUUUUUCCGGAAUCUCUAUCUCACCUUUCUGGAGUACGAUGGCAACCUGCUGCGGCGGGAGCUGUUCGGCUGUCCGAGCGAAACCGACCACAACAGUGAGAACCGACCGUCUCCUCUCUGCCUGCAGCUUCAGAAGACUCUGUCAGAGCUGGACGAAGACGAUCCUUGCUACGAGUUUCGUCGAGAGCGAUUCACCGUCCAUCGAACGCACCUCUACUUCCUCCACUACGAGCACGAGCCAAGCCCUGACAACACCGACGUCACUUUAGUCGCCCAGCUCUCUAUGGACAGGUUGCAGAUGCUGGAGGCCAUUUGUAAGCACUGGGAGGGCCCGAUCAGCCUGGCCCUCUACCUGUCGGACGCUGAGGCCCAGCAGUUCCUGCGCUACGCUCAGGGCUCCGAGGUGCUGAUGAGCCGUGGGAACGUCGGUUACCAUAUCGUCUACAAGGAGGGACAGUUCUACCCGGUCAACCUGCUGCGUAACGUGGCCAUGCGGCAUGUCAACACGCCUUACAUGUUCCUGUCAGACAUCGACUUCCUGCCCAUGUACGGCCUGUACGAGUACCUCAGGAAGUCAGUAGUGCAGCUGGACAUGGCCAACAACAAAAAAGCUCUGGUGGUUCCCGCCUUUGAGACGCUGCGAUAUCGUCUGUCUUACCCAAAGUCCAAGGCUGAGCUGCUCUCUCAGCUGGACAUGGGCACUCUCUUCACUUUCAGGUACCAUGUGUGGACCAAAGGCCACGCACCAACUAACUUUGCCAAAUGGCGGACAGCCACCACGCCGUACAGGGUGCAGUGGGAGGCGGACUUUGAGCCGUACGUCAUGGUGAGGAGGGACAGUCCGGAGUACGACCGUCGCUUCGUCGGCUUCGGCUGGAACAAGGUGGCUCACAUCAUGGAGCUGGACGCACAGGAGUAUGAGUUUGUGGUUCUGCCCAACGCCUACAUGAUCCACAUGCCUCACGCGCCCAGCUUCGACAUCACCAAGUUCCGCUCCAACAAGCAGUACCGGGUCUGCCUGAAGACCCUGAAGGAGGAGUUCCAGCAGAACAUGUCGCGGCGCUACGGCUUCGCUGCCCUCAAAUACAUGACGGCUGAGAACAACAGCUAGCCACCACUGCAGACCCUCACCCCCCCGGCCCUGAACUAUUGACACGUGGGCUGGGGAAUUGCGGAUGGGGGGUAGGGGGGGGACAGGAAACAGACAGGGUUACUUUGAGACUCGAGUCCCUCAGACUUUGUUUGAGUGUUUGACCCUCAGUGUGGGACUGCAUGGGUCUUUAUGUUCACUCUUUGUCCUCGGCUGUCGAUGGAAGGAAUAAUCCAGGAGGAGAUCACUUCUGCCAGGAUGGAGAUGCUGUGAGAGACAGGCCCCGGCUGUGUGAGCCAUGAGCUCUGGCCCUUAAAUCUUACAGACGAGAACAUUCAAUGCCUUGUCAUGUUUGUAAGGCCAGUGACAAAGUUGUUGGCUGUGUGUAACAUUAUGUAAGUGUGUGUGCAAGUGUGAGCGUGUGAGUGUGUGUACAUGCAGGUAGAUGUUUGUUUCUGCAGGACAGUGCUUAGCGAAAAGCUUAAGGAGAGAUGAAGAAGUGAAGCAUUGUGGGUUUACAAUCUGUUUGCACGCCUUCCAAGUGCCAACGAAAAGCAGCAGACUGACAGUAAACCCGACUCAAAUGCAAAUCGUCACCAGGCGGCAAGAUAAGACAAAGCGGUUCCGUGUCCACAUAGAUUUUGAAAAUCUCAUUGUGACGAGUGACACACUCCGAUAUCGAGGCGAGCAGCCAGCCGCUGCUUAAUUUGUUUCCUAGCUGAUGCAUAUCAGAAUAAAUCCUUCUCCUCGUAUGACAAGGGAAGUUAAGUGCAGAGGCUGGAGGUUGAUAUUCAGGGUGUCUCCACAUCAGCGAGCUGCUGCACAAUGUUUCCAGUGUUCAUUUACGAUACACAAUCUGACAGCAGCCGGUCAGCGUGAUUUCCUUUUGUGGAUUUUAAAUGGGUGUUGGUGCGGUCUGCACAAACACCUGCUGGAAGGCCUGUCAGUUUGUGAUUCCCCAACACACAGAGUAUUCCGUUUUUACUUUUCUGUCCAACCAUCAGUGUUAUUUAUCAGUGUGUUUACAGUCCUGGCGGGUGGAGCAGGAAGCGGUAUUGUCUCCUGAUCUGAAAGAGAGUUUGAAAACUGAAAAGAAGCUAUUUUUCCUCUGACUCUCACUUUUUCUUUAUCACUGGCCUCUAGUUUGACGACAUCGUGGCGUCCAGUAACGCUGCAGUGGUGUGUGUUCUCCUUUUUCGUUGUCACACACCAUCGGGCUAGGUGUAGUGAUCAUGUUUUGUUGUGGAUAAGCUGUUACAAUCAAGACAAGCAUAUCUCUCCCAGAGAAUUUAGACAGGGCAACAGACUGACAUUCACUGUAGCAUUAUACUCGUGUUAUAUGAUAAACAUAUCAUAACACUGGUCUUGAGUAUAUGCAUUAAGAUGCAUGUUACUAUAUGAUAAGGUCAAACUAAAUUAUAGUUUGAAUGAACUACAGAUAACUGAAAUAUGACCUCAAAGAAUGUAAAGUAGGUUAAUAUCAGUGAUAUUAAAUAUGAUAAUAUGGACAUUAAAAAAGGAUCAAUUAGACAUUCUGAAACGGUUGCAAUAUGUUAACUCCGAUCCACAGGGUGGUGCUAACACACCUGAAGCUGUUUUGUAACACUAGAAGAAGAAUAACUUCUGAUAUUUAGUUACAACAAAAACAUUUCAGUCAUUUCUGAAUUGUAUUUAUGGACAACGAGGUAGACUAAAGUGUUAUACCCUGUAGGGGUUUUAUUCACUCUUUACCACACAGAGCAUUUAUUGGUUAAACUGAUCAGGGAUCAGAACACCACUGCCACAGUUCACUCUCUAUAACUAUGUGUGUAGACAUUGCUGGAGCUGGUUUCUUCCUUUCACUUCCAUGAGCUUGGGGGAAAAUGGAUAAUUGAAGUGUUACCUCAGCUGCCAUUAUCCGAGGUGUCUGCAGACUGCACAUCCACCGAUGGCUCGCUGAGAGGAUUAAAAAUAAGUAAUUAAGGUAGAAUGAUAGAAAAGUAUUUAGAGCUUUUAGAAAAGGACUAGUAUGCGUCUCAAAAAUUCAGUCACACUUCUCCGGCCACUUCUCCUCUCAGGCUCGAUACAUAAAUUCAAUAAAAGAAAAAAUCAAUCUUGUGUGUUACAAAUGAAAUGUGAUAUGAGGCCGUGGCUUUUAACGAUUGUUUUGUCAAAGUUUCAAAGACAAGAAUGAGCUCUUUUUGCAGAGCUCACAUGCCAACAAAAGCCAUAUCCAUGACAACUGAGCAAACUCAAUCUGAUGAUGAAUAGUGUUGCGAUGGAAAAAAGGUGGAAUUUGAGUUGGAAUUGAUUUUUAAAUGUUAUUAUAAGUUAGGGCAAUAUGUUGUUUAUUCCAGCUGGAGUUAGCAAAACACACCACUUGAGAAACACACGUAUCUGUAGGAGACAUUUCCUUAUUUUUAAGAUUGUACCAUCGUCAAACUAGAGGCCUGUUUUUCUCUCUCUGUCUCUCUCUGUUUCUGUGUAGUCAUACAGGUGUGAGUGUGCAUACGCUGUGUGUCUGAUGUGUGUCUGUGAUCAGUGUGCAGGUGUGUGAGGUUUCUGAGUGUGUGUGUAUGGCUUUGCAGGGCUGGGAGGAGCUGCAUUGUUUAAAGUAAGACAGUGCUGACUGAUGCUGCUACCUGAAUAAAAAGCAAAGAGUCAAA